CGCGCCAAACACGAGCACACAAGCUCGGCGAACACCAAGAGGAUGCAGCUGGAGAUCGCGCCGGCGCCGAGACAGAGGAGCCAGCAGGAAGCGGAGCAGGAGCAGCGGCAGCGCGCCGAGGAGGCGGUGGGCGGCGUCGCCAGCAUUGAGCCGUGGCUGCACCCGAAGCUCCCCGGCGGCGACGACGACGACGCGGGCGGGGCGGCGCUGGUGCCCCCGCUCAACUUCGCCGAGGUGCACGACGGCAUCUUCCGGUCCGGCCUCCCCGCCGCCGACAACUUCGCCUUCCUCCGCUCCCUCAAGCUACGCUCGAUCGUGUACCUGUGCCCGGAGCCUUACCCGGAGGAGAACACGCGGUUUCUGGAGCAGAACGGGAUCAAGCUUCACCAGUUUGGGAUUGACGGCAGCAAGGAGCUGCUUGUCAACAUCCCUGAAGAAAAAAUCCGGGAAGCACUCAAAGUAAUUCUUGACGUAAGGAAUCGACCGGUGCUCAUCCACUGCAAAAGAGGCAAGCACCGGACUGGCUGCGUCGUGGGGUGCCUGCGAAAGUUGCAGAAGUGGUGCUUGGCUUCGGUUUUCGAUGAGUACCAGCAGUUUGCAGCGGCGAAGGCGAGAAGUACUGAUCAGAGAUUCAUGGAGCUGUUUGACACAUCAAGCUUAGAGAAGGCGCCGCCGCUGCCGCUGAAUCCGGCUCCGAAGCAGUGGGCGGAGGAGAAUGGCCCGAAGAACUCGACGCCGAAGAAGCAGGCUUUCCAGCGCAGCUGGUCGACCGAGGACGAGGUGCGCAUCCUCGAGGCGCUCGCGGCUCACCGUGAGGAGCACGGCGCGCUGCCACAUGUCGACGCGCUCGUCGCCUCCCUCGCCGGUAUCUUCGACAAAGCUGGCUGUGAUCGCAGGGGGCUCCAGGUGAAGAUCGGUUUCCUCAAGCGCCGGUACGAGGCCAUCGCCCAGAAGGGCGAGUCACCCGGCAAGGGUCACGACCGCCGGCUCUUUGACCUCUCCCAGAGGAUCUGGGGCAGCCAGGCGGCGAACGGCGCCACGAGGGGGUUCGACGAGAUGAGCGAGUUGUACCCGCACCUCGCUGAGGAGGUGAAGGCGUGGGAGGUGAAGCACCCUGGCUUGUUCAAGAGGCACUUCGGCAGGCUCGACGACAACAAGGCGCGUGCGCUGGAUAUGAAGCUCAAGAAGCAGAGGCUCAGCGAGAUUACCUUGGAGAUGCGCGGUAGCGACCUGACCGAGAAGGUGGGCAAGGCGAUUGCGGAGCUGAUCGAGUGACAGGUGAACUGAAAAAAAUGAACAGUCGUACACUCGUUCUAGCAUGACGUUAAGGUGUACUACCUGCAAACCUGCCUGCAAACCAUAUGGUGAACAGCAGCUUUACCUUCAAAAUGUUUCAUCUUAUAUUAGUGAUAGAGUUGGAUGUUCUGUGUUCUUGCCUAGGCAAUUUGGUUAUCAUCACCCGAGCUUGCAUCUUAUUAGUUGAGUUGGAUGAUCUAUGUUCUUGCCUAGGCAAUUGGUCAUCAUCACCUGAGCCUUGUUGAUAGCUCUUUUUUUUUGUCUUGUCAGUUCAAAUAGAUCGAUAAUCCGGAAUCCAGUA